CGCACACACACUCUCCGCACAGUCAGAAUGAGAGUGUGAGACAGAGCCAUGGAGAGGUUCAAGGGAUCGCGCCGCUCUCUUUGUUAUUUCCUAAGAGUUGCGGAGCGCCGCUAUGACGCGACUCGCGGCGAACUGUGAGCGCACGCACUCCAGAUGCGUUCGGCCGCAGAGGGAAGCCUUUCACAGGAGGAAUUCUUCUGCAGCAGUUCUUGUAGAAGUCUGGAUUCAAUUUGUGUGAAACUUUGGCCAUACUGGGACUGGACACGUGGGCGUUAUGAGCGCGAGCGUGAGAGAGAAGGUGUUCCCAGUGGACUUAGGUGCCAACUUUACUGAAGAUGCCCCGAGACCACCGGUCCCUGGGGAGGAGGGUGACCUGGUGUCCAGCGAUGCUCGGCAGUAUGACUACGGCUUCUGCUCCACCAGGGCCGAGACCCUCAAGGGUGAGGCCUCCACAGCCACACCUCGACGGCCCGACCUGGACCUGGGCUACGAACCUGAGGGUAGCGCUUCCCCCACUCCCCCUUAUGUGAAGUGGGCUGAGUCCCUCCACUCUCUGCUGGACGACCAAGAUGGCAUCCAGUUAUUCAGGACCUUCCUCAGGCAGGAGGACUGUGCCGAUCUCCUGGACUUCUGGUUCGCCUGCAGCGGCUUCCGGAAACUGGAGGCCAGCGAGUGCAGCGAGGAGAAGAAGCUGAAAUUAGCCAAGGCCAUCUACAAGAAGUACAUCCUGGAUAACAAUGGGAUCGUGUCCAGGCAGAUCAAGCCAGCCACUAAGAGCUUCAUCAAGGACUGUGUGAUGAAGCUGCACAUCGACCCGGCCAUGUUCGACCAGGCCCAAACUGAAAUUCAGACUUUGAUGGAGGAGAACACGUACCCCGUGUUCCUGAAAUCUGACAUUUAUCUAGAGUACACCAGGACAGGCGGGGAAAGCCCCAAGUUGUACAGCGAACAGGGUUCCACGCUGGAGAACGGCAAGGUUUUACCAGGUUAUUUGCCCACCCUCAAUGAGGAUGAAGAAUGGAAGUGUGGCCAGGAGGCAGGAGGGCACCCGGUACGUGAUCCUGCCCCCUCCAACCUGCUGACUGAGAAACUGCUGAUGGAGACCGCUCCGCAGAGAGCGGUCCCUACCAAGAGAUACCAGGACAACCAGGAGUGCAGACAUGCGACACGGAGGGAGCCCGUGAACCCGUACUACAUCAACACUGGUUAUGCCCUGGCUCCUACCACCAGCGCCAAUGACAGCGAGCAGCAGAGCAUGUCCAGUGAUGCGGACACCCUCUCCCUGACAGACAGCAGCGUGGAUGGGAUUCCCCCAUACAGGUAUCGAAAGCAGCACCGUCGGGAGAUGCAGGAGAGUGCCAAAGCGAACGGGCGAGUGCCACUACCUCAUAUUCCUCGCACGCACCGGAUGCCAAAGGAUAUCCACGUGGACCCGCAAAAGUUCGCUGCCGAGCUGAUCAGCCGACUGGAAGGUGUCCUGCGAGAACGCGAGGCCCAGGAGAAGCUGGAGGAGCGUCUGAAAAGGGUCCGCCUGGAGGAGGAAGGUGAGGAGGCGGACAUCUCAACAGCACCUUCGCUGGCCAGCCACAAGCUGCCACCCCAGCACUACAGCACCCGGUACGCUGAAGCCACCUACAAUGCCAUCCAGCUGCGAGACGCUCACGAGGAGAACCCCGAGUCAAUCCUGGAUGAGCACGUGCAGCGUGUCAUGAAGACACCUGGUUGCCAGUCACCAGGAAAUGGCCGCCACUCGCCCAAGGCGUCCCGUUCACCGGACGGCCUCCCGUGUGGCAAGGCGCCAGGCCUGGGGUUGCCGCCACCCUCAGGCAAGCACCCAGGCAGCACUUACCACCACAAGCACGUGUACCACAUCCACCACACAGGCGCCAUGAAGCCCAAAGAGCAGAUUGAGGCAGAUGCAUCACAGAGGGUGCAGAGCAGCUUUGCCUGGAGUGGCGAGCCACACCACUAUGCAAACAAGUCACGCUACUCGGAAAGCGCAGGGCUGGUGCCUGGUCCCAUGGAUCCUCUAGGACACAGCAGCAGCAGGGGUGGCACACUGCUGAAGAGGACGUCCAAAAAGACCGAGGCUGGCAAGGGUGAGGAUGUGCGCAACCUGGAGGUACUGAUGCCUACUGAGGAGCUGGAGAGGAACCAGAAGAUCCUUCAGUGGAUGAUGGAAGGGGAGAAAGAGACAGGCCGUCACAAGAAGUCCCCCUAUGGGAGCGUCAUCGGGACCAAGAAGGCUCCGAGCCAUGAGGCGCCACGGCCCAGCUCGGUGGAGCGGCCCGGAGCAGUCCACCCGUGGGUCAGCGCGCAGCUCCGGAACAACGUGCAGCCCUCGCACCCUUUCAUCCAGGACCCCACCAUGCCCCCUAACCCUGCGCCCAACCCACUUACCCAGCUGGAGGAGGCCCGCAGGCGGCUGGAGGAGGAGAAGAAGAAGUCUGCCGCCUCGCAGAUGAAACCAAGACAUAAAACGACCAAGAAGCAGCCCUGUGAAAACAUAACUGUGGCAUAUUAUUUCUGUGGCGAGCCAAUUCCAUACAGGACGUCCGUUAAAGGGAGGAUAGUAACACUUGGGCAGUUCAAGGAGCUGCUAACAAAGAAAGGGAUAUACAGGUAUUACUUCAAGAAAGUGAGUGACGAGUUUGACUGUGGCGUUGUGUUUGAAGAGGUACGUGAAGAUGAUGCAAUCCUGCCCAUCUUUGAGGAGAAGAUCAUUGGGAAAGUGGAAAAGAUUGACUGAGCAAAGGUGCAGUGAAGGACGGUGGAGUGCAGAUUUGAGGGAAUUGUUCUGGUCAAGAGUGCAGGAGAAGUUGAUGAACGGUACAAGGGACACAAGGAUAUUUUUUGUAUUAAUGGCAAAAGCAUUUCAGUGGGACAAUAGGUAGUUGACAUAAAACGGAUCUGUACCAUCCACAUCUGGACCCAAGUCUUUGCUUUCCUUUGCCGGCUGCUCAAUGUUCAUAGAAAAAAUGGUGCUUCAACUAAUGAAAACUGCUUUUUUUUUUUUUUUUUGUGGCCGAAAAAAAACAAAUGUCAAAUUGAGAGAAUUGAUGCAGCAU